AAGGAAUGGAGUUUCAGAAUCUGCCACAGACGAUUCAGCAGAUGAAUACCCUCCUCCCAAAAAGACUACUGGAACAAAUAUAUCUCAGGUUAAUGAUGGGACCAAAGAUGAAAAACUCCAAAAACUUCAAGAAAUAUUCCCUCAGAGGACCAGUGAAGAUCUAUUAGAACUAAUUCAAUCCACGGACACAUUGGAAGAUGCUGUAGCUGCUGGUAUAGCUCGCUUUGAUGAUAAAGAUAAAAACUCAUCUCGAAAAAGAAAGGCAGAUGACCAUUCCCAGGAUGGAGCUGAGGAAAAGGCUGCAAAAAAGAAGAAAUCGGAUUCUUUUGGUGUGGACAGCGACAGCUCAGGCUCUGAAGAAGAAUGGGAAAAACAAGAGGCCAGUGUAAAAAAGCUGCAGAAGCAUUUUCCUGAUUUGGAUAAGGAGGAGCUUAGAGAGGUUCUUCAAGAACAUGACUGGUCUUUUCAUGAAGCACUUGAGGCAUUGAAGUUGUUUGCUGAAGAUGAACAAGAUGAUUUGCAGAGUACUUCCAAAAGCGCUGUGUGCAAUGGAACAUCAGAAAGUGACAAAACAAAUGCUAAAAACGGCACCAAAGCGAAGCCAGAUCACAAAUCUAAUGAACUGAUACAGAACGGUUUAAAGAAAAAAUCAAAAAGCAAAAAAAAAAUGAUCAGCUUUAAACGAGACUCAGAAAGCGAUGAGUCUGCUUCGGAUGCAGGCAGUGCUCUGGAUGAAGACUACAGCAGUGGAGAUGAAAUAAUGGAGGAACAACACAAAACUAAAAUAGUUAGCUUCCUUCAAGAUGCUUCCCUGGAUGAGCUCUCUCUGAUCCCUCAGUGCUCUCUAAAAAAAGCUCAGAGGAUCACUGAGCUCCGGCCCUUCCAUUCUUGGGAUUCUCUGCUUAACAAAAUAAACAAAGUGAAUACUCUUUCGUUAGACCUAGUUUGGAACUGUAAAAAUACUGAUCAAGGAAAGAGAAGUGGUUUUAAAACUUAUGAACAAAUGUGAGGAGAUUUCCAAGAAAUUGAUGAAUAAGGUGACACAUAUCACUGAAGAUGGAGAAAGUGGCUGGAAUGUGAAGCAACCAUCUAUGCUGUCCAAGAGUCUAGAGCUCAAGCCUUACCAGAAGAUUGGUUUAAAUUGGCUAGCUUUGCUGCACAAACAUAAUGUCAAUGGAAUUUUGGCAGAUGAGAUGGGUUUGGGCAAAACUGUUCAAGCUAUAGCAUUCCUUGCGCAUCUUUACUCGUUGGGAGAUAAGGGCCCACAUCUUGUGGUAGUACCAGCUUCAACAUUAGAUAAUUGGAUACGAGAAUUCAAUCAGUGGUGUCCAGACAUGAAUAUCUUACUAUACUAUGGUUCUCAGGACGAAAGAAAGUACUUACGCUAUGACAUACUUAAUAAGGUUAUAGAAUUUAAUGUGAUUGUCACAACGUACAACUGUGCAAUUAGCAGCUCUGAGGAUCGCAGUUUGUUCCGACGCUUGAAGCUAAAUUUUUCAGUGUUUGAUGAAGGACACAUGCUAAAGAACAUGAGUGCCAUUCGCUAUCAGCACCUUAUGACUUUAAAUGCCAAACAUCGUCUCCUUCUGACUGGAACCCCCGUUCAGAAUAACCUACUGGAGCUGAUGUCACUCUUGAAUUUCGUCAUGCCACACAUGUUCAGUAGCAGCACCAGUGAACUCAAAAGAAUGUUUUCAUCCAAAGCGAAAUCUACUGAUGAACAAAGCACUUUUGAAAAAGAAAGAAUUGCUCAUGCUAAACGAAUCAUGAAGCCAUUCAUUCUCAGAAGAGUUAAAAGUGAGGUCCUCAAGCAACUACCUCCUAAGCAAGAUCAUGUUAAGUUUUGCACAUUGUCCAAGAAGCAGCAGCAGCUGUAUAAUGACCUAAUGCAGAAACUAAAGAGAUCAGUUGAAGGCACAGAGAAAAAUACUGAACUAUGCAAUGUAAUGAUGCACUUAAGAAAAAUGGCCAAUCACCCAUUACUACACAGGCAGUACUACACUGCAGACAAGUUAAGAAGUAUGUCUAAACUAAUGCUUAAGGAACCUACACAUUGUGAAGCCAAUCCUGAUCUUAUCUUUGAAGAUAUGGAGGUUAUGACAGACUUUGAGCUGCACAGGCUUUGCAAAGAAUUUUCAAGCCUAUCCACAUUUACACUUGAAAAUCAGCUCCUUUUAGAUUCUGGGAAAUUUGAGGUGCUGGAUCAAUUACUAUCUGACCUUAAGAAAAAGGGUGACAGAGUUGUACUUUUCAGCCAGUUCACUAUGAUGUUAGAUAUAUUAGAGGUCUUUCUGCAGCACCAUCAGUAUCGUUAUCUCCGACUAGAUGGGAAGACUCAGAUAUCGGACAGGAUACAUCUUAUAGAUGAAUUCAAUAGUGACAUGGAUAUAUUUAUAUUCCUUCUAUCUACUAAAGCAGGUGGACUUGGGAUAAAUCUUACCUCAGCAAAUGUUGUAAUCCUCCAUGAUAUAGACUGUAAUCCUUACAAUGACAAGCAAGCUGAAGAUCGCUGCCAUAGAGUGGGCCAAACCAAGGAAGUGAAUGUUAUCAAGUUAAUUGGUAAAGAAACAAUCGAGGAGUCCAUGUUAAAAAUCAGUCAACAAAAGUUAAGACUAGAACAAGAUAUGACAACCACGGAUACAGGUGAUGAAGGAUCCAUUCCUCUAGAUAUGGCGACUUUACUAAAAACAUCUCUUGGUCUUUAA